AUGGCGACUCUCUGGAGGCUAAGUGUCCUCUGCGGCGCCAGAGAAGGGCGAGCUCUCCACCAUUCUGGCUCCAAGGCUGCAUCUCUCCACUGGACUGGUGAGAGGGUUGUCAGUGUUUUGCUCCUGGGCCUAAUUCCAGCUGCUUAUUUGAAUCCUUCUUCUGCGAUGGACUACUCUCUGGCCGCAACCCUCACUCUCCACAGUCACUGGGGCAUUGGACAAGUUGUUACUGACUAUGUUCAUGGAGAUGCAGUGCAGAAAGCUGCCAAGACAGGCCUUUUGGUGCUCUCAGCUUUCACCUUUGCUGGGCUCUGUUACUUCAACUAUCAUGAUGUGGGCAUCUGCAAAGCUGUGGCUAUGCUGUGGAAGCUCUGACCUUUUAGACUUAAUACCUUGAGAAUUGAUUGUACACCUCCUUGCCUCUGCUCUGUCAUGCCAUUUCAACUCACGAUAAGAAGGAAAAACAUUGGUGAGACAAACCUCUUCUCCUAAUCACCUGAUUGUUUUUAGAAUUUAAUCUUUGAAGAAAGAUUUGAGAGAAGUUGUAUCUUAAGAAAUUAUAAGUCUGAUUUAUGUAUUCUGGGGAGCUAAUGGAGUGUCUCAGCUUUUCACAAGUCUCAUAGUAUAA